AGGAGGAGGAGGAGGAGAUGGCCUGGAGCACGAGGAAGUACCGGUAAAUAAGCAUGAGUCACACAGCUGAGCCGGUUAGAUAGCAACUUUUAGUUGAAACGUUUUCAAAACCAGGGCCAGUCGUCAUUUGUAUCGCACUCAUGGCGGACUUCGGCGAAAACAGCGGCCGCCGAGCUGAGGAACAGGACGGGACAAACAGCAGAGAUGUCCCCGAGCCUCUGUGUGGGACAGGUGACCCCGCGGUGACAGUCCCUCGGGGGCUGUGGUCCUCAAAUUCUGUCCAGAGGAAAAAGUUAGUCCUCCAUGUCGACCUCAACAACACCAUACUGGUGUCGGACGCUGUGACGGGUCAGGGGACGGUGGCGGCUCUGGACUAUUUCCUCACAACGGUCACCUGGGGAAAGAUGAGCAAACACGGACAGUGGGAAUGGCUGUGUGACUCGCCCUCCCUGCUCCCGCCGUGCAGCGAUGCUGUCAGUUACUACUCUCAGUUUGGACGGGUACCAGGUUUCACCUCGGCAGCGGGACGACGUUUCCGUGGGGUUCUGGAUGAGCAUCUGAACCUGCUCCGCUGGCCCGAGGGCGUAAAGGGAGACAGAGAGCUGGCUGUUAAAGGAGAGAAUGGCCAACUGUACCACUGGAUCCUGCCCUCCUUCUUCCAGCUGCUCAAAGACCUGGAGCAGGAAGGAAGGGAGUUCGCCAUCCUCUUUCGCACGUUUGGAAACGACCUACCUCGUGUGCUGAGGGCUGUAUACAGAGCACUGAAUGAAGGGGCUCAUCCACUGUUCCCUGAUCUGUCUGAUCUCAAGUUAAGUGUGAAUAUGACCGCGGGCAAAAUCCGCUGCAGCAAGAGGGGAAUCGUCCUGAGCCGAGCUGAGGACCGAGUGACGACUCGGGAUGGAGAAAGAGGCCUGUACCAGUACUUGAGCUCAGUCCAGGGUCUGGGAGGCUUUCAGGACCACUUUGACUGGUGGGCUAGUAAUACCUUCUCCAUUCGUGGUGGGAAGCCAUUGUGGGUCGACCCCUUUGACCAAAAUGUUCAGCACAUCUUCAUAGACGACAACAUACGCCAGAAUGACGAGGAUACCAUAGUUCAUCCCAAGGUGUUCUUGGACCCAGGUAGCGCUGAGACUCGUACAGCCUGCACCUCUGAGCUCUAUGACAUCACACUGGUCCAGAACGACCUCCUCCGGGCCAUUUCUGACCCGAGCUACUUCACUCAGCGCAUCCACAUCUGCCUGGAAAACUAUGACAGGAAUCUCCAGCAGGGGGCAGGCUAGAGCAGUUCAACCUCCCUCCCUGUAUGUCUGUUUGUCUUUAUGUGACAACCUCAAGCUUAGGGUUCCAUUAACCCAGAGACAAAAGCACUGACAGAGGAUGCAGACACAGUAGACGUGGUAGGGACACCUACGCUGAGUUUGAUGAUUAACUGAAAGACUGGAGGUCAUUAAACAACAAAUGGAGGAAGUUUACAUAUGGAGGAAAGUCACAUGAAUAAAUAUGCAGAUGAGGAAGGAACACAGUUAUUAUCUUAAGAUCAAAUAAACUUUCCAGAAGGACAAACUAAAUGCACUUGAGAAAGAUUUAGAGGUUUGGCAGCUAGACAAUAAGUCAUAUAAAUAACGCACACUUUAUCUACUCCAGGACAGCAGUAAAAGCUUAUACAAAGAGCACUUUACAAAUAGUGUCUGCUCUCCUAAGGCGAACCGCCACAAAAAGAGUUUUUGACCUAAUUAAGCAGUAAAGUGGCCAGGCCAGACUCUUUGAUUGCAGCAAAGGCUCUGUGACUAAUCACACCACAGGAUAAUUGCCCUAACUCUCUAAAAUUUGUCAGACAGCAUAAUUGGGGUCAGAUACGGUGAAAAACCCUUCAAGUGUUUUGUUAGUUGUGUAGUGAGUAGAAUCCACCAGGAUUUUGCUCGGCUCUUCCUUCGUCAUCCUCAGGGUGUAACACUUCAUGUAGCUUCGCCCUUUAGUUUACAGAAAUGUACUUUAACUUCCAUUGUUGGCUUUGUCUGCAUUGUUUACAUCCACCCAGAACUCAAAGGUGAUACUUGAAUCUUUCCAGAUGACUGAAAAAGAAUCUGAUGUAUGAGUAUGGCUGUGUAACUUUAGGCUGAUACCUCAGAGCGCACUGUAAACACAUUAGGAAGGCAAAGUAAUCAGAAAGUGACUUUUAAAUACUUUUUAAAGUGACUAUAUUGCUAGUAAGAAUUUCAAAAGCCACAAUAUUAAAUUCAUAAAACAUUUCCUGAUAUUAUCAGGUAAGAGUAAUCCAUAUCCAUGAAACAUCUGUCAGGGCUUUAUUAUAGAUUUAUUAUACAAAGUAAUAUCUUGAAGCACUGAGACAUAUCAUAAGGUUUAACGUGGCUUUGGGAUGCGUUUGCACAGAAUUGUUUACUAUAGUUUUUAUUAUUUGAAAGCACCCUGUGUGAAACAUUUAUUUAAUAAGUUAAAUGUGUGGAAACAAUGGUAGUUUUCGCUUUGAUGGUUUGAUAUAUUUAUUGUUAAGCUUCCGUGAAGAUUUUUAAUGCAAAUGGUAUCAAUAAUCGAAAGAAAAAUACUUAAAUGCAGGUUUCUGAGAACCACUGGGAAGAGUGGAAUGAAAACGGCAAUAUUUUUUUCAGUAAUAAUGAACAUGCAAAGAGAGUACAAUGAAAAGUGCAAAGACAAAGGUGGGAUGGAAAGCUUUGUUGGUGGUGGAGUUUCAAUUUGCAAAACCCUUAAAGAACCAGUGUGUAGGAUUUAGAUGCAUCCAGCGGUGAAGCUACAGAUUGCAACUAACUGAACACCGCUCGCAUCUCUAUUUUAUGACCCGCGAAUUAGAAUGGGCUGUGAAGUGUGUAGGAGAAAUAACGGUGGCAGUGAAACUCGUGAAUAAUGCGACAGGCCCUAUCCUAUCUAGAGCAUGGCGGUUCAACAUGGCGGCCUCCAUAGAAGAGGACCCGCUCCCUCUGUAGAUAAACAGCUCAAAAACACAACAGUUGUUGUGAUUAUGCAGUAAUGAAAACAUACCUAUGAGUAUUAUCUUCCAUUUCUGACAAUAGAUCCUCCUAAAUGUUACACACUGGACCUUCAACACAAAAUGCUCUACUCCAUCAUGCACAGGUUUAUAGGAGCAUUGCAGCAUUGUAUAUGUUUAUCAGUGAAUUUUAAUCAUUGCUGCAUUUUAAAGUAAAACUAGCAUUGUGAUAUAAUGCUGUCAAACAUUGGAGAUUAUACAUAUAGCAAAUGAUAUGCAAUGUAUAGUAAUUGAAAGGAUUUAUUUAUUGUAUGUUAUACUACAGUAAAUAUAAACUUUACAUACAGUACAUUCUAUAUUCAUACAAGGCAAAAUGAUUACUUCACUAGAUCAGUUUACUUUUCCUGUUCUGCGACCACAGUUUGUUAUAUAUUUAAGACACAAAAUCUUAGAUAUUUUCAUUACUUAGUAUAAGUUUGUGCAUCUAAAAUACAGAAAACUACAGUAAAACUGUAUUUCUGAAAAGAAAGGAGAGAUGCUUACAAACACGUUACAUAGAUUCAAUAAUCUGUAGGCUUGGUACAAAGUACCAAAACUAAUCAUAACUCAGCUUAUAUAAAGUGGAAGUGGAGGACUGAGCAUGUUAUAUUGCACUUUGUAUGGAAGAACAGCAUUUUGUGGUGAGGUAAGGUUUUGCAAACUGAAACUGAUGCUGUCGUGCAUUAAAGACACUUAGAAAACAUUUAUUUUUAUUUUUCUGAUGUUAAAAAUUGCCAUUCAAUGUUAAAUAAACCUGUAUAUUUUGUUAGUGUCUGGUGUUUUGCAUAAUGUAAUUUACUGUUGGCACAUAACAAGUUAAUCAUGAUUAUUGGUAUGUUAGAGACACAAGUUCAAUUGAUUUGACCCUCGCUGCUGUGACACCGUGAAGAAUGUCACAAUGUGAUCAAUGAGGACACACUGUUGAGGAGCCAACACAUGGCUUUAUUAAACAUUUUUGAUACAGCUCAUUUAUAAAUCAUCAAUAGGUUAUUGAUAAAUAGCUGUGUGUGUGUGACCAGGUCAGGUCCACUGGGGAUUAAUUAAAGAAAGUAUGAGUGUUAAGGUCAAAGGGGGGUAAGUACAUUCAUUUGUCUGCUUUGGUGUGUUGUAAUGAACAUUAAAAACGUCUGUAAUACUUCUCUUCA